CGUCGAGGCCGCCGGAGAGGGGCGGGCAAUCUAAACCGAUAACGAGCCAGCUGGCGGCGGCAGUGCCGUCGUUUACGUGGAGGUACAACCUUCGCGAGAACCCGAUCUCGUCGGUGGGGCCCAUGGGCUUGAUCGCUCCUGUGGAAGGUCGCAGUCCGCGUCUCGAGGAAUAAAUCGCUGGAACCGGUAUAACAGUCGCGCGUGGUGCGCGCGGAUAAUCACGCAGAGGAAGCAGUCCCGCGAAACCCCUGAGGAGUCCGUCGAACAGAAGAAAAGGGGGAAAAACGGGGGAGGGAAAAAAGGGAAAAUAAACAUGCCGUGAGCCCCAAGGUAACGACGGUGUACAACCCGGCGGGGUCGACGGUGCUCAUAGCGCGUGCGACUUUCGAUCGCAUGUGAGCGAUACCGUAGACGAUACCGUAGUCGCCGCCGCCGUCGUCGUCGUCGUCGCCGUCGUCGUCGUCGUCGUGUCGUCGCGAGUGUACAUGUGUGUGGUGUGUGGUAGCACGCGCGUGUGAUCGUGUCGCAGCCGUGGUGAUAUCGACACCCGUUCCUGAUACACAGCUUCUACCUGAUUCAGGUGGCAUUCAGACGCCUGGACCACGAUAGCGAUGACCACGAGGGAGCUCUACGUCAAGGGUAGCCGAGUAUGGGUGCCGCAUCAGGAGAGGGUGUGGGAGGGUGCCGUGCUCCUGGAAGACUACAAACAAAACCAACCGACGUUGGGGCUACAGACGGAGGAAUCGAAUCAGACGAGGACGUUGGAGAUCAAAUCGGACGUGGAUCUGCCGCCACUGCGAAAUCCCGACAUCCUAAUAGGAGAGAACAAUCUCACGUCACUGUCAUUUCUUCACGAGCCUGCAGUCCUCUAUAAUCUUCAGAUCCGCUUCCAACGGCAUUCCAUCUACACUUACUGCGGCAUCGUCCUAGUGGCUUUUAACCCGUACAACGAAUUACCCAUCUACGGCAAUGACACGAUUUGGGCCUACAGGGGCCAGGCGAUGGGUGACCUGGAACCCCACAUCUUCGCCGUGGCCGAGGAAGCCUACACAAAACUGGAAAGGGAGAGCCAUGAUCAGUCGAUCAUCGUUUCUGGCGAGUCGGGUGCCGGCAAAACGGUCUCCGCCAAGUAUACCAUGCGAUACUUUGCGACGGUUGGCGGCUCUGCGACGGAGACGCAGAUCGAGAAGAAGGUUCUGGCCUCGUCGCCGAUCAUGGAAGCGAUUGGUAAUGCGAAGACUACUAGGAACGACAACUCGUCAAGAUUCGGCAAGUUCAUCGAGAUCCAAUUCAACAAGAACUAUCACAUCACUGGCGCCAGUAUGCGCACGUAUCUACUGGAGAAGUCGCGGGUGGUGUUUCAGGCGAACGAAGAGCGCAAUUAUCACAUAUUUUAUCAGAUGUGCUCGGCGGCACAACGGCUGCCUCACCUGCACCUGUCCGAUCAGGAUCAGUUCCACUAUCUGAACCAGGGUAAUAAUCCCACGAUCGACGGAGUGGACGAUCUCGAGUACUUCAACGAGACGAUCGACGCGUUGACGAUGCUCGGCUUCACGUCGAAGCAACAAGACGAUAUGUUGCGCAUAUUGGCAUCCAUAUUGCACUUGGGUAACGUGCACAUAAGCAGCCGCAUGAUAAAGGAUACAAAGGACGAAGUGGACACGGAGUCCAGCUACAUCUCGCCGUCUGACCGGCAUCUGUUGAUCGUAGCCGAAUUGCUGGGUGUCGAUGUGGACGCGAUGCGCAAGUGGCUGUGCCAUCGUAAGAUCGUAUCGACGCGGGAGGUCUUCCUAAAGCCUAUGAACGCAGAGCAGGCGAUCGGCGCGCGAGACGCUCUGGCCAAGCACAUCUACGCCGAACUCUUCAACUGGAUCGUGUCUGGCAUCAACAUCUCGCUACGUACGCAGUGCAAGGCGCAAUGCUUCAUCGGCGUGCUCGACAUUUACGGAUUCGAGACGUUUGAGGUGAACUCGUUCGAGCAAUUCUGCAUCAAUUAUGCGAACGAGAAGCUGCAACAGCAGUUCAACCAGCACGUGUUCAAGCUGGAGCAGGAGGAGUACCUAAAGGAGGACAUUGAGUGGACGUUUAUCGAUUUCUAUGACAAUCAGCCGUGCAUCGACCUGAUCGAGACCAAACUCGGUAUUUUGGACCUGCUGGACGAGGAGUGUCGGAUGCCGAAGGGCUCGGACGCCUCCUGGGCGGAGAAGCUCUAUGCCAAGUGCGGCAAGUCGAAGCAUUUCGAGCGGCCACGAUUCGGCACCACCGCCUUCCUGAUUUACCACUUCGCUGAUCUCGUACAGUACGAGACCGUGGGCUUCCUGGAGAAGAAUCGCGACACUGUGAUCGAGGAGCAGGUGGACGUGCUGAGGUCGAGCGAGAAUAAGCUGCUCAGGCGACUGUUCAGCGACGAGGAUCCUAAACUCGCGGUGCCGCACGCACGGGUGAAGGUUUCCGCGCAUAGGACCACGUCGAUAGGCCAGCCGUCCGCCAACAACAAGCAGAACAAGAAAACGGUCGGUUCGCAGUUUCGCGACUCGCUCAACAUGCUGAUGGCUACGUUGAAUGCCACGACGCCGCAUUACGUGCGCUGCAUCAAGCCGAAUGACGCGAAGGAGGCGUUCGAGUACAGCCCGGUGCGGGCGGUGCAGCAGCUGCGUGCCUGCGGUGUCCUGGAGACCAUCAGAAUCUCGGCGGCGGGCUUCCCGAGUCAGCGCACAUACGGCGACUUCUUCCAGAGGUACCGCUGCCUCUGCAGGUUUAAGGAGAUACGGCGGGACGAUCUGAAGGAGACCUGUCGGCGCAUCCUGGCUAGGUACAUCAACGACGACGACAAGUUCAAGUUCGGCAAGACCAAGGUACUGUUCAGGGCGGGCCAGGUGGCGUAUUUGGAAAAACUGCGGGCGGAAAGACAGCGGGACGCCUGCGUGAUGAUUCAGAAAACAGUGCGCGGUCUGAUCUGUCACAGCAGAUACAAGAAGAUUCGCAGAUCGAUCCUCGGCCUGCAGAGAUACGGCAGGGGUUACAUCGCGCGACAGAAGGCGGAGGCCAUAAGACGAGAGAGGGCCGCGGUGAAGAUACAGGCACGCGUAAAGGGUUGGCUGCAGAGGCGAUGGUACCUGCAGGUGAAACGUACAAUUCUUGGCCUGCAGACAUACGGUCGGGGUAAUAUGGCGCGCAUCAGGUAUAGGAUGAUGAAGGACAACGCUGCAGCGAUUGUAAUCCAGAGAUUCGCCAGAGGAUGCUUAGUGCGAAUGGCGUGCAAGAAGAGGCUCAGGAAUAUCGUUAUCGUACAAUCGUGCAUCAGAAAACGCCAGGCGAAAAAGGUGUUCAGGAGACUGAAGACCGAAGCCAGGAGUGUGGAACACGUCAAGUCGCUCAACAAGGGACUCGAGAUGAAGAUCAUCACGUUGCAGCAAAAGAUCGACGAAUUGGUGAAGGAAAAUCACCUUUUGAAGAACGUCCAAAACGAAAUGGUAGACUUGAAAUGCAAGCUAGAGAGUUUGAAAUCCGUCGACGCUGAGAAUAAGAAACUGAACGGAGCGAUGCAAAGUAAAGAGAGAGAGCUGACAAAGAUGCAGGAAACUCUGCAGCGGGAGAGGGAUGAAAAGAUGGAUAUAUUACACGAAAAGGAGAGGACUGCUCUGCAAAAGGAUGAAGAGAACAAGAAAUUGCGGCAAGAAAAUGAGAGACUGCGAAAGGAGCUCUCGUUGGCGAACGAGAAACUAAAGAACAACCAACGCGGCGCCGAGGAGAAUCUGAAAUAUCGUCUCGAACAAGAAAAAGAUCUGCUUCGGAUGGACCAGGAUCAGGAUCGUGGAGCUUAUCAGAGACUACUCAAGGAGUACCAUGAGAUGGAGCAACACGCAGAAAUUCUGGAACAGAAGCUGGCGUUACAAGGCCUGCCUGGGCAUUCGCGCUCUCUGAGUAACGCUUCUAGCGGUAGUGGUCAAAUCGCAUCCACGGAUGUGCCGGAUGACCAGAACAUUGAUUUUGGUUACGGUUCGGUGAGAUCCACGGCUUCUUCGUCGACACCCUACUCGCGAGUGGAAACGAUCGACUGGAAUCAACAACGAUCGGAUAGUCCGCCGGAUGGAGAAGCGCAAUCGAAUAAAUCACCUUUAGAAACGAAUGGUCCUGCACACGCACCUGUGGACAUUGGUCUCGUUCUGAAACUGCAACAGAAGCUAAAGGAUGUCGAAAAAGAAAAAGGUAGACUAAUUAGAUUGGUCGAGGAUCUAGAACGCGACAGUAACGACGAAUCUUCUAGAAUGCAAGAUUCGUUCAGGCUCCAAGAACUGGAAAUAGAGAAUGCGCAACUUAAGAAAAAUUUGAACUCGUUGAGGAAGACCGUAUCGUCGGGCAGCCCAUCAUCCGCGCAACAAAAUCUUAUGAUUCAAUUCGAGGCACUGCAAGAGGAACUAGAGAGGAGAAGAGAGGAGUGUAUUCAGUUACACACUGUGCUGGCUGAUCAUACGCACAGGAUGAAGACUGUGUUGGGUGCUAAUUAUGGUCGCGACGUGGACAUCAUAAACGAGGACGGCGAGCUGGUCCUCGCCUUCGAGGCGCAGAAGAAGAUUAACAGACUUAAGACAAACCAAAAGGCAUCGAGUGAAGAGCAACUGGAGGAUGAACUACAGGCGAAAGAAAGGAGUUGGCGAGCUCAGAAAGACGAGUGGCGAAACGAGAUUGAGAGACUGCAAGAGGAAAUAGAGAGACAGCAAAAGCUGCUUUCCAUCAAUCUGAACAAGUCUCCACAGACUCAGGCAGAACUUUACAUGCAACACGAAGUUACCAGACUAACAUCCGAAAAUUUGAAUCUUCAAGAGAAAUACGAUAAAAUAGCGGAAGAAUGCAGGCGCUACAAGAAACAAUGCAAAAUCCUGGCAAAACGAUUAAAAGAUGCUGGUUACGAAGCGGAGGAACGUCCUUACGUGCUAAGGGACGCCGUGCCUAACGCAAUGGAUUACGCAAACGGCUCCAGCGUUGUCUCCAGUACUCACGGAGAUGGAAGUUACAUGCCUGCUAUCCGCAAGAAAGAAAGAGAUUACGAGGGCAUGUUCGAAUUCAAGAAGGAAGAUAUCGGCGUAAUCAUACGCCACUUGGUCAUCGAGUUGAAACCUCGAAUAGCGGUGACGCUGUUGCCGGGUCUACCAGCCUACAUUCUCUUCAUGUCCAUCAGGCACACUGACUGCAUCAAUGACGACGACAAAGUGCGAUCGUUGUUAACCGAGUACCUGAACGCUGUUAAACGUGUAUUGAAGAAACGGGACGACUUCGACUCGAGGGUGCUCUGGCUGAGCAACACUUUGCGACUGUUGCACAACAUGAAACAAUAUUCUGGCGACAAGCCGUUUCAGCUCGAGAAUACGCCGCGGCAGAACGACCAAUGCCUGAGGAACUUCGAUCUGAGCGAGUAUCGCGUCGUACUGACCAACGUGGCACUCUGGAUCUUCAACAACCUCAUCACGAAUCUCAAGGAAAGGAUCCAGGCGCUCACGGUGCCAGCCUUGCUGGAGCAUGAAGCUAUAUCCGUUCCCACCGAUAAGACCGGUCGGCCUAGGUCGUCCUCCAUGGGCGGCGAGCCAGACUCCACGCAGCAAAAGCUGGACAAACUCCUCGGCGAGUUGACGUCAGUGCACAAGACCCUGCAGUAUCACGGCGUGGACCCUGAAGUUAUCGUGCAACUGUUCAAGCAGCUAUUUUACUUCAUGUGCGCCAGCGCUCUGAACAACUUGCUGCUUAGGAACGAGCUGUGCCGGUGGACAAAGGGUAUGCAAAUAAGGUACAAUAUGAGCCACUUGGAGCAGUGGGGCAGAGACCGGCAGUUGGAAGCCGCGUCGGAGGCGCUGCAGCCCAUCAUACAGGCGUCGCAACUGCUGCAGGCGCGUAAAACCGACGAGGAUGUCACUUCCGUCUGCGAGAUGUGCAACAAACUAACAGCCAAUCAAAUAGUAAAAAUCCUGAAUCUGUAUACGCCCGCCGACGAUUACGAGAGCCGAGUGCCCGUAUCAUUUAUCAAGAAGGUGCAAGAGAAACUGAAGGAACGCGGCGAGAACAACGAACAACUGUUAAUGGAUCUAAAGUACUCGUAUACCGUAAGAUUCCCGUUCAACCCAUCGGACAUACGACUGGAAGACAUCGAAGUGCCCGAGGUACUUCAUUUGCCCAUGCUCAAGAAGGUGUAAUGCAAGCAAGGCAAGGCGUCCCAUUCUGCAAGGCAGGAUCUCUCCGCUCUACCAUACCCGCAUACCAGUUUUUAGUUGAGAGCGUUCUAUUUGCGCAAAUAGCCAAAACUCUCGCUUAGCCCACUUGCCCGUACGAGAGUUAGCGAUAAUUCGGCUGAGUUAGAUGUAGGCGCGCAUCGAGAACGGCUCAUCGAUGUAUCACAUUUUAUAUGUUUCUUUUUUACUCGGGUAUAAUUCUCGUAGUUCAUGAUGUACGUCAUCGUUUCGAAUCGCGCUCGCGUUCACGUCAAUUCCGUUACGUUGAUAAGCGACUGAGUCUCGGCGAGUGAAAAAGAGCAUAUUUUUCGUUAUUGUUACUGUAUAGCGUUGCACGUAGAGAUGUAAGCGAGGCGAGAGUACGGGAAGUUCCUACAAGGAUUUUACGGAUGUUUCAUUAAUUGAUAUUCGUGACUUUGAGAGAAAAGCGAUUUCUUAUUCGUUUAAUCGUUUAUUUUUAACGAAUUCUUGAAAGCGAAAGACUUUCUAAUGUACGAUUCUUAUAUUUAUUUUAUGCAUUUCCUCGUACAAGGAAACAUGCACGUUUUCAUUCUCGAUUGAAAAAUUGAAGGCAGAAAUUCGCAGUUCGCCGAAAAGAUAAGCAUUAUAUAAUUAUACAAUCCGAAAUAAUCUAGCAAAAACAUAAUGCAUGAAAUAUGCACGAUGAGCCAGUUGCAGAGUGUGAUAUUCCGAUUAUAAACGUGUGGCGAAAGUUUUAUUUCGCGCAGCGAAAUCCUUGUAACAACUUCGCACAUGGUGAUAAAGUUGAAAACUUGUUGAAGAUGUAAUUAUAUGUGUAAAAAUGGAAAUGCGCGAGAAGAUAUAAUGUUACGUUGGGAAUAGAAUGUAUAUUUUGUAAUACGAGAGAGAAAGCGAGAGCUGUUAUAAAAUUGGAUCCGAAUCCACGGACUGAUAGAAAUGUUGAGAGAAGAAAAACGAAGGCGACCGAAAGAAACAGAGGUAUAUAUCGUUGUUAUAUCCUAAUUUAUACAUAUGUACAUGCGAUUGUAUUUUGUGCCAUUUUACAAGUAGAUUGUAAUGAUGUCCAUUCGUUACUUCGUUCGAUCUGCUAUUGGUUUCGUGCAUUACGAUCACAUUCCAUAAAAUGAUGUCUAAAGAGAGAAAGUAUCCCUUCCCUCGAGAUAUUACUCUAGACAGAAUAUAUUUCCAUGCAUUACACACUGACUCGAUGUGACAUAUUUAUUUGUUCCUACAGUGAAAAAUAAAGCCGUUGACG